AUGCAAUCCUUUACACCAGAAUACGUUUUCACUCGAGACUACGUGGAUAACAAUCGGUAAAAUGCAGUUCCCAUUGAGACCUUUUGAAUGUUACUAAAUGUUGGAAGAAUAAAUUUACAGCACUAUCUUUAGUGCCAGUGAUUUGGAUACCUGACUCACCCAGAUAUUCCUACAGAGGGAGCGAAUCUGAGGAUAGCAGACGUAGGUACAGGAACUGGGUAAGUGGAAGUAAAAACCAUCAAAGCUGUGUCGAAUCUGGCCUAGAGUUAGAAUCUGCGCUGGCUUACGGACUUGGGUGCCAAGAUACCAAGCACCGUUCAACUCGAUGGACUAGAUGUCUCGUUUGAUGCCAUGCCACCGCGUGAAUGGCUUCCACCCAAUGUAGCUCUUUAUCAAUGUGAUAUCAAUAAAGAGUUCCCCUCUGAACUCAUGAGAGUUUGCGGCAUUGUCCACAUUCGGAAAUUUGCCUUCGUCCUCCAGAACGAUACUAUCCCUGCUAUUAUUGCGAACUUACUGAAACUUCUAAGUACGUUUUACUCCUAGGAAAUAUUGAUGUUCAUAGCUAACUAACUCCGUUUUGUCAGAGCCGAACGGCUAUCUUCAAUAG